GAGACGAGUCGAGGCCUUUUCUUCGUUUGUCCCAGUCCUCAGAUGGACCCAGUGUCCUUGGCACUGGCUGCCAAGAUGCGCUGGAUCACGCUGGUGCUCGCGGGCUUGACUUUCUGGGGCAAAGUUGCUAUUUCUAACUGUUUCGAUUACGAGGAGCCAGACUUUGAUUAUUACGAGGAGGAACGAGCAGAUACAAUCGACUACAAGGAUCCGUGCAAAGCUGCUGUUUUUUGGGGCGACAUUGCUUUAGAUGAGGAGGACUUGCGAAUGUUCCACAUCGACAGAACGAUAGACCUUACAAAACACACAAACCUGCAUCAACACUCCCCACAAGGACACAGUUCGGGUGGCAUGGGAGAACAUGAAACAGUAAAGAGAGGAUCAUUGGACCUCCUGCUGGAAAGAAUACGCAGGUUUGGCUUUGACUUUGUCCCCAAGAAUGAAAGCAAAGGAGCGACCAGUUCAAAGAGCCAAACCGGGAAAGCUGGUAAGGCUGUGAAGAGUCGUGUUCCUCGAGCAGCCACAUCCCGGUUUGAAAGAAUCUGGCCUGGGGGAGUCAUUCCCUACGUCAUCGGAGGAAACUUUACUGGUAGUCAGAGGGCCAUGUUCAAGCAGGCCAUGCGUCACUGGGAGAAACAAACUUGUGUAACUUUCAUCGAAAAGACAGAUGAAGAAAGCUACAUUGUCUUCACCUACAGACCCUGCGGGUGUUGUUCCUAUGUCGGUCGUCGUGGCAACGGACCCCAGGCCAUCUCUAUAGGAAAGAACUGUGACAAGUUUGGCAUUGUAGUUCAUGAACUGGGCCACGUUAUAGGCUUCUGGCAUGAACACACACGACCUGACCGUGAUGAUCAUGUGACCAUAAUCCGGGAUAACAUCCAGCCAGGCCAGGAGUACAACUUCCUGAAGAUGGAGCCAGGAGAAGUGAACUCCCUCGGGGAGCCGUAUGAUUUUGACAGCAUCAUGCACUACGCCAGAAACACCUUCUCACGCGGGAUGUUUCUCGAUACAAUCCUUCCAUCCAGAGACGACAAUGGAGUCCGGCCUGCUAUUGGCCAGAGGACCAGACUCAGCAAAGGAGACAUUGCACAGGCAAGGAAGCUGUAUAGAUGUCCAGCAUGCGGCGAAACACUCCAAGAGUCGACGGGAAACUUCUCAUCUCCUGGUUACCCGAAUGGAUACCCUUCAUACACACACUGUGUCUGGAGAAUAUCUGUUACACCUGGAGAAAAGAUUGUUCUAAACUUCACCACGAUGGAUCUGUAUAAAAGCAGUCUGUGCUGGUAUGACUACAUUGAGGUCCGAGACGGAUACUGGAGGAAAGCUCCACUGCUUGGCAGGUUUUGUGGAGACAAAAUUCCUGACAAUCUGAUUUCAACCGAUAGCAGAAUGUGGAUCGAGUUCCGCAGCAGCAGCAACUGGGUGGGAAAAGGCUUUGCUGCUGUUUAUGAAGCCAUCUGUGGAGGGGAAAUCACCAAGGACUCGGGCCAGAUUCAGUCUCCCAACUACCCGGAUGACUACAGACCCUCCAAAGAGUGUGUGUGGAGGAUUACUGUGUCUGAGGGAUACAAUGUUGGACUCAGUUUCCAGGCCUUCGAGUUCAAGUUAGUUCUCAAGAAGUUCUCAAAGGAAGAUGAAUGUGCCAAACCAGACAACGGUGGAUGUGAGCAGAGGUGUGUGAACACUCUGGGCAGCUUCAAGUGUACCUGCGACCCGGGUUACGAACUGGCCCCUGACAAGAAGAGCUGUGAAGCGGCUUGUGGCGGUCUCCUGUCCAAGUUAAAUGGAACUAUAAGCACCCCUGGCUGGCCCAAAGAAUACCCCCCCAACAAGAACUGUGUGUGGCAGGUGGUGGCUCCAAAUCAGUACCGCAUCUCCAUGCAGUUCGAGGCUUUUGAGCUGGAGGGCAAUGAGGUUUGUAAAUACGACUACGUUGAGGUGCGAAGCGGCCUCUCAUCCGACUCUAAGUUGCACGGGAAAUACUGCGGCUCUGAAGUCCCUGAGGUCAUCACCUCUCAGUACAACAACAUGAGGAUCGAGUUCAAGUCAGACAACACAGUUUCCAAGAAAGGCUUCAAAGCUCACUUCUUCUCAGACAAAGAUGAAUGCAGCAAGGACAACGGUGGCUGCCAGCACGAGUGCAUCAACACAGUGGGCUCUUACGUUUGUCAGUGUCGCCAUGGCUUUGUGCUGCAUGAGAACAAACAUGACUGUAAGGAAGCUGAAUGUGAACAUAAGAUCCACAGUUCCAGCGGGACCCUGAGCAGCCCCAACUGGCCUGACAAGUAUCCCAGCCGGAAGGAGUGCACCUGGGACAUCACAGCCAUGCCAGGACACAGAGUUAAGAUUGCCUUCAAUGAGUUUGAGAUUGAGCAGCAUCAGGAAUGUGCUUACGACCACCUGGAGGCCUUCGAUGGGGACAGCGACACAGCAGCCAUUCUGAGCCGACUGUGCGGCAGUAAGAUCCCCGAACCUCUGGUCUCCACGGGGAACAAGAUGUACCUCCGCUUCAUUUCAGAUGCCUCUGUACAACGAAAGGGUUUCCAAGCGACUCACUCCACAGAGUGUGGAGGUCGUCUGAAAGCAGAAGCCCGUCAGAAAAACCUUUACUCCCACGCCCAGUUUGGGGAUAAUAAUUACCCAGGUCACACAGACUGUGAGUGGCUGCUGACCACUGAGCAGGGCUACGGCAUUGAGCUCAGCUUCGUAACGUUUGAGGUGGAGGAAGAAGCUGACUGUGGUUAUGACUACAUCGAGCUGUAUAAUGGAUACGAUGCAAGUUCACACCGGCUGGGUCGCUUCUGUGGUUCAGGGCCCAGAGAGGGGGUUUAUUCAUCGGGAGACACCAUGCUUCUGCGUUUCCAUAGCGAUGACACCAUCAGCAAGAAGGGUUUCCACAUCCACUACACAAGCACCAAGUUCCAGGAAAACCUUCACGCCAGGAAGUGACUUUAGACUCUGGUCCUGAUCGUCGCCACGGCAGCAAGAAAAGUACAGAUUGUUUCUUUUCUGACCCACAAACAGAUGCAGAUGUUGAUGCAUCCGGACACCAACGGAGGACAGUUUUACAUGUUUGUCUCCAAAAGUGAAACCACACUUAGCGAUGGGACAUCAGCAAGUAUGGGAGGAACUCAUCCGAACACCUGCAUGCAUCGUUUUCACUGAGGAGAUGAUUUCAUGACCGAUGUGACCCCGUUUCAACGCAGGGAGCAAGAUCCAAAAAUAGUUCAUGGACACAUGUACGGC